AUGAGUUGUAAUCCGAUUCAACAGUCGAGAGUUGGGCAGGAGGGCAGCGUGCGUGACCUGGUAGCCCAGCUCGUGGCGCAGUCUCUGGCGAAAACAUUUCCCGACCUGCCCGAUCUGGAGCCGCUGGUUACCACGUGUAACAACCCCAAGUUCGGGGACUACCAAUGCAACAACGCCAUGGGCAUCUGGUCGCGCAUCAAGGGCUCCACCACUGACUUCAAGAACCCCAACGCCAUUGGCCAGGCAAUCGCCAAGAACCUGCCGCCCUCCCCGAUGGUGGAAAAGACGAGCAUUGCCGGCCCGGGCUUCGUGAACAUCGUGCUGACGCAAGCCUGGCUGGAAGAGCACGUGUCUGGCGUCUUGAAGGGCGCUGGCAUCGCUGCGUGGGCUCCUAAACUGCCUGUGGCGCGGGCGGUGGUGGACUUCUCGUCGCCCAACAUCGCCAAGGAGAUGCACGUGGGACACCUGCGGUCGACUAUUAUUGGGGAUACGCUGGCCAGGAUGCUGGAAUACUGCCAUGUGGAGGUUCUGCGGAGGAACCAUGUCGGCGACUGGGGCACUCAGUUUGGCAUGCUGAUUGAAUACCUGUUCGACAAGUUCCCUGACUGGGAAACCAUUGGCGAUCAGGCCAUCGGAGAUCUCCAAGUCUUUUACAAGGCGGCCAAGAAGCGCUUUGAUGAGGACGCAGAGUUCAAGGAGAGGGCGCAGAGGGCGGUGGUGAAGCUGCAGGGAGGGGAGGAGGAGUACCGGAAAGCGUGGGCCAAGAUCUGUGACGUCAGCAGGAAGGAGUUCGAUCUGGUUUAUCAGCGGCUGGGCAUCAAAUUAGAGGAGAAGGGCGAGUCGUUCUACAACUCGCGCAUCCCUGCAGCGCUUGAGAAGCUCAAGGCGGCCGGGCUGGUGGUGGAGAGCGAGGGGGCGCAGUGCAUCUUUGUGGAGGGCCACAAGGUGCCUCUGAUCGUGGUGAAGAGCGAUGGGGGCUUUAACUACGCAACGACUGACCUCACCUGCCUGCUCUACCGCAUAGAGGAGGAGAAGGCGGAGUGGGUCGUCUACGUCACGGAUGUUGGGCAGUCGCAGCACUUUGACAUGUUCUUCAAGGCAGCCCAAAAGGCGGGCUUCUAUGCGGGCAAGGCCAAGAAGGGCAAGGCUGCAACUGAAGGAGCAGCAGCAGCAAAUGCGCCUGCUAUCCGAGUGGACCAUGUGGGGUUCGGUCUGGUGCUGGGCGACGAUGGGAAGCGGUUCCGCACGCGCAGCAGUGAAGUGGUGCGGCUGGUGGACCUGCUUGACGAGGCGGUUACUCGCGCAAAGCAGGGGCUCGUUGAGCGAGGUCGGGAGGGCGAGUGGAAGGAGGAGGAGGUCAACGCAGCAGCCGCUGCACUGGGCUAUGGGGCAGUCAAAUACGCUGAUUUGAAGAACAAUCGGCUUACCAACUACACGUUUGACUACGACCAAAUGCUCGAUAUGAAGGGUAACACUGCGGUCUACCUGCUGUACGCGCAUGCGCGUAUCUGCUCCAUCAUUCGCAAGUCUGGGAAGAACGUAGAGGAGAUUGUUCAGAGUGGAACGAAGCUCAGAUUGGACCAUCCGAGUGAGAGGGCUCUCGCGCUCGAACUCAGCCGAUUCUCAGAGGUUGUUGAGAGUGCAGUGCAGGAUUUGCUUCCCAACACGCUCUGCGAGUAUCUCUACAACCUCUCUGGAAGCUUCACAACGUUCUACACCAACUGCCAAGUGGUUGGCAACGAGUACGAGGAUAGUCGGCUCAUCCUGUGCGAAGCCACGGCUGUGGUGAUGCGCAAGUGCUUUGAGCUUCUUGGAAUCACCCCUCUCUACCGUCUUUAA